AUGGUAGAAGAUGGUAGGUAUGAGCAAUAUCCAUGGGGGAAAAUAGCAUUUUCAAAAUUGAUAAAAGGAAUGCGUCAGGAGUUUUCAUAUGCCAAACAAAUAAUUCUUAAAUGGCGUGUUGUCGCCGUGAAGCCAAAAUUUGAGACCUUCAUGUCUACCAUCUUCAGUGAGUAUCCAUGCUCCAACAUUGUCCAAUCUCAACAUGAAAUGAAAUCUAUUGUCAUUCAUGGCAGCCAACAGAAACCUGAAGCUUCAACAUCGGCUGCCAAGGUUGACCGGAAGUUCAAGCGUUUGGAGAAUAAAAUUGAUUCAAAUCACAUUGAUAUUUUGAAAGCCAUCGACAGUAUGGCGAACCGAAUGACUGGCACAUCAUCUCAAGUUAAAACAGAUGAUUUUGAUCAAACAUUCCAUGUGGUUGAACAACAAGAAGCACCUACUGGAUUGGAGGUGCACAAUUUUGCAAAUAAAUCUGACCCACCCCAACAAAAUGACCAAUCUAAUGUCCAGGAAGAUAUUAAGGGACCUGAACCAUCCACCAUGAUAAAACAGGUGGACAAUAUAUCAGAACAAAACAUUUCAGCAGAUGUUUCAGAAUUAUUUGAUCAACAGGUUUAUUCUGAUACAUUAAAGGAAGAUGAACCAUCCGUCAAGAUACAAAAGGUGGAUGAUGUAUCACAACAUAACAUUGUAGCAGAUGAUGAAUCGAAAAUAUUAAUUUUUACACCACAAUUGAAGGAUGUAUCAUCACACCAAAUGGAACCACAAAGAGCAGAUACUGAUCAGCGUAUUGCUGAUUCUGAUACAUUACAGAACACUGGAAAGAAAGAUGGAAGAGUAGCCGAUGAUAAAACUGACAAAGUAGAAGAGCAAGUUGAGGAGAUUGAAAAUAAAAAAAUCAAACCAAGCACAUCGGAAUCCAAUACUUCAGCACCAUUUUCGACCGAAACUCUGGAUGUGAUAGAUGCUCUAAUAUACGGACUUCCAUUACCAGCCAUGCCAUUGACAGGUGUUAGUCAUGAGCAAGUUCAGGAUGAAUGUCUAUUACGCGAUAGCCAGCUACUAACCACUCUUCCAUCAAAAGCCAAUAUAUUGUCUGACGAUGCGAAGACACCAUUUCGAAGAAGCAGGAUUCCUUCGAAGAUCUUACAGUCGCCGUAUCUUUCAAACUUUGGGUCGAGUGAAAAGGGAAAAGAAAAUUUGUCAGCUUUUAUGCAUCAGACACACCCUUUUGAAGGUUUUGAUAUAUGCUAUCAUCCCCCAUCCGAGCUUGUCACAGACUACUCUCAAUGGAUAGAUAAAGGACUACUAAAAUUGCAUGGCAACAAGUAA